CAAGCCCGCCAAUGUUGAUGUUGUUGUUCAUUGAACGAAGAGCGAGCCAGGCAGCAGAGUAGUAAACAAACAAAAGAGUUUCACAUGCUGGUGAAACUUUUCUUAAAAAUGUAUUAUGAUGUUUCAACGUUAGAUAUUGUCGCUUUUUUAUGCAUAGCAGGAUGGCUGUUUAUGAUGUUUGUCCAUUUGGUCGCUAUUAUAUAUGGGAAAAUACAUUUGUACAGUUGGGGGAACUCUACAAAUUUAGAUGAGUUGCCAGGGGUGACAAUAUUGAAGCCUGUUGUAGGAGAUGAUGCUAACUCAUACAAGAACUUCCAGUCUUUUUUUGAAUUAGAAUAUCCAAAGUAUGAAAUAUUAUUCUGUUUUCAAAACGAUCAUGAUCCAGCAAUAGCGACAAUUGAAAAGUUACUUGGUGCAUAUCCCAAGGCAGAUGCAAAAAUAUUUCGUUGUGCUUUAAAUGUAGGAGUAAAUCCCAAAGUAAACAAUAUGAUGCAGGGAUACAAUGUGGCAAAGUAUAACCUCAUUUGGAUAAGUGACAGUAGCUUGAAAGUAACGCCCAACACCCUGCAAGAAAUGGUAUCUCAUAUGAAGCAGAAAGUUGCAGUUGUUCAUCAGUUGCCAUUCAUUACAAAUGGAGAUGGAUUUGGAGAAAGCUUAGAAAAGGUUUACUUUGGUACACAGCAUGCCCGUGUAUACUUGUUCACCAACUGUAUGCAACUUCAGUGUGUUAAUGGCAUGUCAAGUCUCAUUAACAAAACAGCUCUUGAAGAAAUCGGGGGUCUUCGAUCACUUUCUGACUACAUCGCUGAAGAUUAUUACAUGUGCAAAGAGUUUUACAAAAGGGGCUACAAGCUUGUUCUUAGCACACUGCCUGCCUUGCAAAAUCCAGAAGUAAGAACCGUAGCCAAAUUUAGAGACAGGAUGGUCAGAUGGACCAGGCUACGACUUACUAUGGAACCCUUCCCGCAAUGUCUCGAACCACUGACAGAAUGUUUUGUAAUUGGCUUAUGUAUGGCGUUAGCGGUCAACUAUUUCACCAACCGGUCUAUCAUCUUCUCAUUUGCUCAACAUUGCCUUAUUUGGUUCGUCUCGGACCAAAUCCUCCUCCGCAUUGUACAAGGGCCAAAUGGACCAUUGCCGUCGUUGCUGAGGCGAUCUUUGGUGUGGCUUUUCCGUGAAACGUGCACUUAUUUCUUAUACCUGCAAGGCUUAUUUGGUCGUAGUGUGGCCUGGAGAACUAGGAAGUUCAAAUUAUCCGUUGGUGGUAAGGCUAAAGCUGUAAACCACAAUUCUUACAAUGACUGAAAAAACUGUUUUUAAUCGUUAGCUAAAUAUUUUAAUUGUCUUUUAUCAGAACACUCAAAUAGACAUUUUUAAUAAGCUUAGGAUAGUGAAUUUAAAAUUUGAGCCAUAUUCUUCCUUAAAAAUUUUCUGUAAACUAACUUUUCCAUAAACUUAAUCGUUUUGUAUUUAUUUAAAGUAUUUGCUUUGCUAUACAUUAAUUUUAGGACAAAUGAACAAAUGAGUCAAAAAUUAGUUUUCAAUCGAAAGAUAUGGCUGAAAAUAUAAAGUAGGAAGGAAAAGGCAGCCAUUUGCCCUCCACUGUGCCCCACUUUUGGAGCAAGAUAAUUAUUUCUUCUGAGAAAAUCUUCUGAGUAAUACAUUUGGUACUCAGGCAGAGCAAAAAAGAAAAAAGUGUGAUAUGUCUUGUUAUAUUUUAUAGCUGCUCUUAUUCAAAAAGGUAUCUGGGGUUUCAAGAUAACAGGUACUGCUAAAAACGAGUAAGUUUUCAAGGCUUAUAUAUUUUGGACCAGCAUUGAAGAAGACACGUUUAUUGUACUGCAUCGUUUCUACACCUAAGGCCGUAAAGUGCUGACAUUAAUGUGUUUAAGGUACCCUUAGUACUGUGUCAUGGCCCGAUUGGCUUACAUAAAGGUGCGUGAAUUUCAAGGAUCUUGUUAUGCAGUUAUGAGUACCGCUCAAAUAGCUUUGAACUUGACGUUUAAUGUGUCAGGAUAUCAUUUGUCCUUAGCGUAGAAUAAUUAAAAGCUGUUGACCUGCUUCUUAAAGCUUUUUAAAAGACCUUUCUUGUAUGCUUUUAUUUUCUCAAACAGCUGUGAUAAUUAAAUGACAUGAAUUUGGCAUUUUAGGCCAGCACAUCCAGAUUUCAGUAUUACAGUUUGUAAA